AUGUGGCUCCCAGAGGUUACUGAACUCAUUGCUGUUUGCUGGUUGGAAAUAGUUGGAUCAAUCGAUUCUACUAAAUUGUCAUCUAAAACAACUUAUGGGGCUUAUCUCAUCCUAAAAUUUGUAUAUGAUGGUGAAGAAGAUGGAUUAGACAAGCAACCUGCACAAAUUAGCGUCCAAGUCGGUGGCACUCUGAGCUCCACAACUGCUUAUUUACGACCUAAAAAGAAUGUGCAUUUGUUGAGGGGUCGCCUUCAAUAUCUUUACGAAAUGCAAGUUUUGUCAACUAACCCCUCUGAAUCCAUUCAACAAGAAGAAGAAAUUAAACGUGGAGAUGGAGAUGGAAAAUUAGUUGAAGAAGAAAGCCUAAAAGGAGUGGCCAAACCUAGAGGUGAUGGUUGGAUGAAGAUUGAACUGGGGAGAUUUUUCAUUGAUGGAAAUGCUGGGACGGUUGAUAUGAAGAUAUUGGAAUCUGGUGGCCACUGGAAAAGAGGACUUAUAAUUGAAAGCAUUGAGGUGAGGCCACUGGAUUAA